AUGAAGUCAAAAAGGUUGGUAGAUGUACUGAAUGUGGUUAAAGCCUACUGGGAGGGACAUGCUCUUCCUAAGUCCAUUACACACACUAACCUGGUGUUGCUACCUAAGAAGAAUGCUGUAGAGACCUUCUCAGAUAUGAGGCCUACUAGCCUAAGAAACUUCAUUAAAAAGGUUAUUUCAUUGGUGAUUCAUGACAGGAUGGAUAAAGUUCUGCCAAAUCUGAUUUCUGCUAAUCAAUCAGGUUUUGUAAAGGGCGGGAACAUCAUUGAAAAUGUGUUGUUAGCUCAAGAGAUUGUAUCUAAUAUUAGAUUGAGAGGCAAACCAGCAAAUGUGGUCAUUAAGCUUUACAUGACCAAAGCCUAUGAUAGGUGUCAUGGUUGUUUUACUUCGUCUUUCCCUUAA